GCUGGAAUGCGCUCCUCACACACUGCAGCUCUCAGCUCAGCCAUAGCAGUGUUAUCUUCUGCCUUAACAUUCCUCCAGACUGCGCACAUUAGAGCUUGAAUCGACAACAACGCUUGAAAACUUCAUAAUGUCAGACUCUUUAAACUACACAACAUCUCCACUGCCCUCCAGUGUCCCAUCAGUCACUGGUGAUUUAAACGCCACAUUAUGUCAGGACUGGGAGCAGUCUCAUCACCUUCUCUUCCACCUGGCCAACCUGAGCCUUGGUCUAGGUUUCCUCAUCCCCACCACAAUAGCGCUUCAUAUGAUCUUCCUCAGACUGCUGCUGAUGACAGGGUGCUCUUUGUUCAUAGCAUGGGCCACAUUAUAUAGAUGCACACUGGAUGUGAUGGUGUGGAAUGUGGUUUUCCUUCUGGUAAACUUCAUGCAUUUCUUCUUCCUGCUUUAUAAACGCAGACCGAUUAAGAUUGACAGGGAGCUAAAAUCAUUGUACAAGCGCAUGUUCGAGCCCCUGCAUGUACGUGAAGCUCUGUUUCAGAGGCUCACAGGCCAGUUUUGCACAAUCCAGACCCUAAAGAAGGGCCAGGUCUAUGCAGCAGAGGAUAAGACCUCUGUUGACGAGCGCCUCAGCAUUCUUCUUAAAGGAAAGAUGAAGGUAUCAUACCGUGGCCAUUUCUUGCAUAAUAUUUACACCAAUGCCUUCAUCGACUCUCCAGAAUUCAGGUCGACUCAGAUGAACAGGGGUGAGAGGUUUCAGGUCACGAUUACUGCUGAGGAACACUGCAAGCUCCUGUGCUGGUCUAGAGAGCGUCUGACUUACUUCCUGGAGUCAGAGUCUUUUCUGAACGAGGUGUUCAGGUACCUCAUUGGCAAAGACAUCACCAACAAGCUUUACUCUCUCAAUGAUCCAACCCUGAGUGACAAGGCUGUGAAGAAAAUGGACCGUCAGCCAAGCCUAUGUUCUCAGCUGUCUAUGAUGCAGAUGAGGAACAGCAUGGCUAGCACCAGCGACACAGACGAUGUGCUCAACCAAAUCCUGAGAGGCGGGUCAACUGGGUCAUCGCUCCAGAAAAAUCCUCUGACAAAAGCAUCCACAACUAUGAAGCCAAUUGAAGAAGGAAUGGAAGAUGAUGUUUUUGAACCUGAAUCCCCUACUACCUCCCAGAACAUUUCCAGGACCCGCAGACAAGACAUGUAAAAUGUAUUUUGUCACCUCACGAUUUUAGACUGCUGUGCUUCUUUAUGUUCUAUAUAAAAAGACUGUAAAGUGAAUUAAACAGGAAGAGUAUUCAGACUCACCUAUAGAUUAAACUGUUCUGAGAGAGGAGAGGUAUUCUUGUGUUACAGAUUUACCUUUAAAUUAGCUUGGAAACCAUCUCAUAUAAUAGUUUCUUGUACAGAAAGCAUUUUAGAUAAAACACUGUCAGAUUUCUUUUAACACGAGUGUGACAUUUCAAAGACCAGAAAUAUCGGUAACAAAAUAGUAUUAUUUCAUUUAGAACAGAUUGUUGUUGUUUUUGUUUGUUUGUUUUUUUUAUUUGAAUUUGGUUACUCAGACAUGAUUACAAUGAAGUAUGUACAAUACACACAAUACAAAUGCAUCACCUGCUAUUUUUUUUUAAACAACCAUCAGAUGCCUUAAGUGCUACUCAUACAUGUAAAACAAAAGUGAUAACCUCUCAACCAUCAGCAAAACAUGUACCAUUAGUUUGAUACAAGAGUCAGACAUAUACCAUGUGAAUUUCCUUGCAUGUUCCUGUUUUUUAAGUCAUGUUUUCUUGUGUGAUACGUUAACAGUCAAUAUUAUUAUUACAAUGAAUCACAUUAUUACAGUUUAGCAAAUAUGUGGAUUACAUCUUUUCUCACGUAGGGUUAAGCAAUGAUGAAGUGUACACUGGAUCUGAAUGUCUUGUUUGCUGUUUGAAGGAUUUCCAUUUCUUCCACUUCUUUGUUUUUUAAAGUGACUAUUGUGUGUUUAAAUUCAUACUGAUACUUGAAAUCACUUUUUUUUUAGAUUAAAGUUUGGCACUAUGGACAUGCGUUUUAUUACUUAAGUAUUUCAUUAUUGCUUCUUUCUAACAUAACAAUGGCUGUGCUUAACAUUUAAGUGAUUUCAAACAUAUGUGGUAAGAUUUUAAAAAAAGAGAAAGUAAUUAAUUUUAUUCAUCACACAUUAAAAUGAUGAAAAGUGAGUGAAGAGUGAAGACAUUUAAAAUGUUACAAAAUAUUUAUAUUUAAUAAAUGAUUUAAUACAUUUUAUAAAUAUAUUUGACAAACACAAAUAAAUGCUGUUCACUGAACUUUCUAUUUAUCAAAAAAUCCUGGAAAAUAUAAUCUAUCAGCAUUUUCACACACAAUAUUUAGCAGCACAACUAUUUUCAACACUGAUAUUAAUCAGAAAUGUUUUGUGAGCAUCAAAUCAAAUUGUAAUGAUUUCUGAACGAUCACUGAACACUGGAGUAAUGAUGCAUCACAUCUUUUGCAUGACAGGAAUAAAUUUCAUUUUGUAAUAUAUUAAAAUAGAAAACUUUUUUUUGUUUUAAAUUGUAAUAAUAUUUCACAAUAUUGACGUUUUUACUUUAUUUGUGAUUAAAUAAAUGCAGCCUUGGUGAGCAGAAGAGAUUUGUUUCAAAAUCAUUAAUAAUUGUAAUGGUUCCAAACUUUUGGCAGGUUAAUAGUUAUAUUAUAUUAUAUUAUAUUAUAUUAUAUUAUGUUAUGUUAUUACAUGCUAUUAGAUUUUGAUGUGAUACAUUUUAAUUUUAUUAUUUUUUAAAUAUUAAGUGCCAGGGACAUGGUCAGAUUUUUUAUUUAUAGAACCUUUAUUACUUUAUUUGACAACCAAAUAUCAAGUUAAAAUAAUUUGUCAAAACAGUGGACAUACACUGAUAUGUAGUCAUUGUACUCACCAAACUGAAGGGAAGAGAGAAAAGCGUAGUCUACCUCUAGGCCAUCAGACUUGUGAAUCCUUUACAGGCAUGGCCAUAUAUGAUCCCUGUCCCAGGUUUUAUUUUAAAUGUACUGAAAUAUAUAUGAAAACAGAAUGUUAAGUUUCUUUGAUUUGUCUUAUAUGGACUUGAUAACAAUUAAACAAAUAAAUAUGUACCUAAAACUGUGUCUGGCAAUGAUUCAUAUCCAGAUGAACCUGGGUAAGGUGGAGUGAUCAGGCAUUAACUU